AUGAUGGGCAAGCCAAAGAGGCAAUCUGCCGGCAAGGCUCGACAGCCAGUGUCCUUGAACCCGGAAUCAUUUUCGAAUCUCACAGCCAAGAUCGAGGGAAAACUAGGCAAAGCUGUCAAAGAUAACUCAACCGAUAACAAGAAGCGCAAACACGUCUCCGACGAGCCAUUGGAGAGCUCGCAUCAACGGAAAAAGCACGCCCAUCGUCGCGACAAGUCCACGAGCGGGCGGGACGACAUUACGACCAAGGUGAAGGGCAAGAAAGGCGCGCUCCUCAACCGCGAGGAUCUCCUUGAGGAGAUCAGAGCUUUGGGAGGAGACGAAGAGGACCUGAAGCUCAUCGGAGACAUUGAUUCGGACGACGAGGACGCCGCUGAGGAAGCCAACUCUAUGGCCAAUAUUGACGGAAAGCUUCAGAGUGAGCUUGCUGCUUUCGCAGCCCAGCUCGGCCUCCAGCAACAUCACGAAGCAGCAACAGCCCAGGAUGCAGAAGAAUCCCCGGAGGAGGAGGAGACAGAGGAGGACGAAGCGAGCGAGGCAGAUGAAGUUGGUGAAAGCGACGACCAGUCUGCCCAGGAGGACGCAGCUGCAGAAGUCCAUGCACCGCAACAACCUCCCCGUAAGGAUGUCAAAGAUACGUUCAAGAAGCAGUUCGUGAGCAGCCACCUGACCCAAGUUCCCGUCAUGCAUAUGCUGACCUGUGCCCGCCAGAAAUUCGAACCUCGUGCUGAUUGGCACGGGGCGGAACUGAGCCAGCUCCCAGACCCUACGUCCCCCGAAGUGAAUGGUUUCCUUGGCGUCAUCAGUGCUCUCAAAGCUCAUGCAGUCGCUCUUCUGGAGGCGGAUGCGGCAGCGUACAAUAAGAGCGUCCUGGCAUCAUCCUCUCGAAAGUUCCUCUCCACCAUCAUGUCUUCCGGAACGCUCUCCGACAAAGUCUCUGCUCUCACCUUGGCAAUUCAAGAGUCACCACUGCACAAUGUCAAGGCUUUUGAGUCUCUCCUAGGCCUUGCGUCCAAAAGGAGUCGUGCUCAGGCCAUUGGCGCUCUUGGCGCUCUGGUUGAUCUGCUCGGUCCGGGUCUAGUUCUACCCCCUAAUAGGAGACUGCGUGCCUUUCAGACUCAACCUGGUCUCAUUGGAGUUCUGCAGCGAUCCUCUGUCAAGAAUUGGAACUCCAGCCAAGUCUUACCGGGUCGCUUAACGGAUGCACACCUCAUCCAGUGGGCUUACGAGGAUUGGCUCAAGAUAUCAUACUUCAAGAUCAUCCAGCUCCUUGAGGUCUGGUGCAACGACGAGAUUGAAUACUCUCGCACCCGUUCCAUCGACUUUGUCUACGGCCUGCUCAAGGACAAGCCCGAGCAAGAGACCAAUUUGCUCAGGCUCUUGGUUAACAAAAUGGGCGACAAGGACCGCAAGAUUGCCUCAAGAGUUUCCUACCUUCUUCUUCAGCUUCAGAACACCCACCCCGGAAUGAAGCAGGUUGUGAUCAAGGGCAUAGAGCAGGAAGUUCUACUCCGACCAGGUCAAACUUUCAGGGCCAAGUACCACGCUACGAACACUCUGAACCAGACGAUACUGAGCAACCGCGAAGGUGGCACGGCAGAGGCACUGCUCCGCAUUUAUUUUGAGAUUUUUGUUACUCUUCUCAACAGUUCCGCACUUGGCAAAGCAUCUGCCGAAAGUCAGCAGGAUCGUGCUUCCAAAGAGACUGGCGUUACAACGGAGACAGCCGAUAAGCUGGUUACCGCAGUAUUGACAGGUAUCAACCGCGCUGUGCCGUUCGUGGCCGAGCAAGACCCGAUCCUCGAAUCCCAAAUGGACACUCUUUUCCGAAUUGCGCACUCGACGAACUUCAACACAAGUAUUCAGGCGCUAAUUCUGAUUCAGCAAAUAUCGGUGUCAAGGCACCUGGCUUCCGACAGGUUCUACAGGACGUUGUACGAAUCCUUGCUGGAUCCGCGACUUGCCAACUCCUCUAAACAAGCCCUUUAUUUGAACCUGAUUCUGAAGUCUCUCAAGGCCGAUGUUGACACGAGGCGGAUUAAGGCCUUUGCGAAGAGAAUGUUGCAGAUUCUCAACUUGCACCAGCCUGCUUUCGUCUGUGGCUUGAUAUACGUGGUGUUCCAACUGCGGACUCAGUUCCCCGACCUUAGAGCACUCCUUGAAGAACCAGAGGAUAACGACACAGAAGAGGCGACUAGCCAGCCCUCGGCAGAGGAUCAGAAUGUAUCUGUUUCUAGAGGAAGUGUGUACGAUGGCCGCAAAAGAAACCCAGAACAUAGCAAUGCUCAGAACAGCUGUCUCUGGGAAAUUAUACCACCCCUCACUCACUUCCACCCGUCCGUGUCUCUACUGGCCGCAAGUCUGUUCUCAAAUGAGAAGCAGAUGGCCAAACCCGACCUAGAGAGCCAUAGCUUGAUCAGAUUCCUCGACAAGUUUGUGUACCGCAGCCCGAAGGCGGCAGAGACUGCUAGGGGAGCAUCUAUCAUGCAGCCGGUCCGCAAUCCUGAUUCUGGCAGUAUCUGGCUCGCGAAGAGAACUGGCUCAGGUGCAGCUGCGCCAAUUAAUACGCCUAAGUUCUGGAACAAGAAGGUAGACCAGGUCGCAGCGGAGGAUAUCUUCUUCCACGAAUACUUCAAGCAAGCGGGCAAGAAGGUCGAGGGUGGUAAGAAGAUCACUGAACAAUCGUCAUCUGGACUAGAUGAGGUCAGUGCCGAGGAUGACGCCGAACAAGAGGAUGAGAUUUGGAAGGCCUUAACUGCCUCGCAUCCCGAUGGUCCAAUCGAGAGUGACGAUGACGACCUUGACAUGGAUGGAUUCGACGACAGCGAUGACGAGUCCGAUGGUGGCGUUAUCUUCUCUGACGGCUCCGACGCCGAACUUUCGGAUGGCGACGAAGAUGACGGAGACGACGAAGAUGCUGGCGAACUCCAUGGCGAGGAAGGAGACGACGAUGAGGCGAUGGAGGAUGAGGGUGGCCCCGAGCUGUCUGCAGUACCUGGAGCCGCCGAGGAAACUAGCCAGAAGAGCAAGAGCGCCGCCCGAUCAUCCAGGAGGAAACUCAAGGACUUGCCCAUGUUUGCGUCGGUAGAUGAUUAUGCCGAACUCUUGGCGGCAGAGGAGGAGGACAUGUAA